CUCAAUCCUCAAAGACUUGUUGUCCUUCAACCAUGACCAUGAUCAGCCCAACCAAGUCUUAACUAUUGGGAAAGAAUACUGUGGCGUGGAGCAGCCUAACAUGCAUGGGAUUGGGAUGGACGAUGAAGAGUUGGGGUCCCUUGCCACUGGCCCCUCUAUGGGAGAGCUUCUUUCAUGGCCACCAAUGCUUGUACUCAAUCUAUGUCCACUGCCACCCAUUCUACAAUGGAACACUCCCCACAAACUCUGUCUUCUAUGGCAAAAGAAUCCCCAGCAAGGUGGUGGAAUGGGGAAAAUUCAGCAUGGUGGAGGCGGAGCGCCGCCUCCUUGCCAACGCCCUGCUCCACCCCUCCAACCAACGCUUCCUUCUCCUCUCCGACUCCUGCAUCCCCCUCUUCAACUUCUCCACCACCUACUCCCUUCUCUUCGCCUCCACCCAGACCUUCGUCGAUUCCUACCCCGCCCGCCGCCGCUACCGCCCCCGCCUGAACCCGCUGGUGCAGCCGGAGCAGUGGCGGAAGGGCUCGCAGUGGUUCGCAGUGGACCGACGUCUGGCCAUGGAGGUGGUCUCCGACCGAACCUACUUUCCGGCGUUCAAAAGGGCCUGUGGGCCGUGGUCGUGCUACGCCGACGAGCACUACUUGGCGACGCUGCUGGUAAGCUUGAGAUGGAAGAAUAAUGCGAACAGAAGCUUGACGUGGGUGGAUUGGUCGAGGGGCGGCCACCAUCCUCGGAGAUUUGCAGGGAAAGAUGUGAGCUUGGAGGUGUUGAAUGGGAUGAGGAAUGGCAAUGGCAGGAAUUGCUUCUUGUUUGCAAGGAAGUUCUUGCCUAGCGCCUUGCCUCCAUUGCUCCAACUUGCUCCCAACUUGUUCUACUUCAACUGAUUGUGCCUGUGCUUGUGCUUUGGAUUUACAUAUUGUUUAUAGACAAAUAAAUGAUAAAUAUAUGGUGGUCUUUUUAAGGACAACAUAAAUCCUAAACUCAU